AUGUACUCACCUGACAAGCAGAUGCGCACAAUCGUGGGCAGCAGUCACUCGCGGUGCGAUGAAGCGAUAGAAGAAGACGUCCAGGCUUUUCUCCACAUGCGAUCCCGCGCCAAUCCGCACAUGCUCCUCGUGAUCUGCUGCCCACCACCGGCCCUCGGAGUCUGUUCGAGUCAGCUGCACACAAGAUUGGCUCGUCUUGGACAUAUUCCGCCCGGCCGAAAGCCCAGCUGGCUAUGGAGACGUAUCCGCUCUGGGCAAAAGAAGAGUCUCUAG